GGGAGCUGCUGAGGAGCAGCGGCGGAGCCCGGUUUCAGUAACCUGGUCUUGUUGAGAUGCCAGAUAAAACAGGGGGUCCGGAAGCUGUCCCCAGGAAUGAAGAUGACUAUCAUUUGCCUCUUGAUGUCUUACCAGUUAUGACAGAGAGUUCUGGUCCCAAGACAGCAAGGGAAGAGUUGCACGAGGAGAACAGACCUUUCCGCUACUGUGGAGUAAAGACCAUGGAGCUGUCAGACAGCGACCGCCCUGUCAGCUUUAGUUCCACGUCCUCAUCUGCCUCCUCCAGGGAUAGCCACUGUUCCUUUGGCAGUAGAAUGACCUUAGUUUCAAACAGCCAUUUGGGGUUGUUUAAUCAGGAUAAAGAAGCUGGGGCUAUAAAAUUAGAGCUGAUUCCAGCCAGGCGAUUUUCCAGUGAGUUACACAGAAAUAAGCCCAUGGAGCAAAAGGACACAGAAGAAAGUCUUGAAAAAAGGCCAACUAUGCCAAGGAAAGCUGAACCAAAAGGAAUGAGCAAAAACUGUGCCAUAUCCCUGGUUACGGAACCCACGAGUCCGAAGCUCCUGUACGUCGACAGAGUUGUCCAAGAAAUUCUGGAGACGGAGAGGACUUACGUGCAGGAUUUAAAAAGCAUUGUGAAGGAUUACCUUGAUUGUAUCACUGACCAAUCCAAGCUCUCCCUUGGGACAGAAGAGCGAUCAGCCCUGUUUGGAAACAUACGAGAUAUCUACCAUUUCAACAGUGAACUUUUGCAAGACUUGGAAAACUGUGAAAAUGACCCUGUAGCAAUAGCAGAAUGUUUUGUUUCCAAGAGUGAAGAUUUCCAUAUAUAUACACAGUACUGCACCAAUUAUCCAAGGUCAGUAGCUGUCCUAACAGAGUGCAUGAGGAACAAGACAUUGGCCAAGUUCUUCAGAGAACGGCAAGAAGCUUUACAUCACUCCCUGCCCUUGGGCUCCUAUCUUCUAAAACCUGUCCAGCGAAUCCUCAAGUAUCACCUGCUUUUACACGAAAUAGAAAACCACCUUGACAAGGACACUGAAGGGUAUGAUGUUGUACUAGAUGCUAUAGAUACAAUGCAGAGAGUGGCAUGGCACAUUAACGAUAUGAAGAGGAAACAUGAACACGCCAUCAGGCUGCAAGAGAUACAGAGUUUACUCACUAACUGGAAAGGGCCAGACCUCACUAGUUAUGGGGAGCUGGUUUUGGAAGGAACAUUCCGCAUUCAGCGCGCAAAAAAUGAGCGCACUUUGUUCCUGUUUGACAAACUGCUGCUUAUUACAAAGAAGAGAGAAGAAAUGUAUACAUAUAAGGCUCACAUAUUGUGUGGCAAUCUCAUGCUUGUCGAAGUUAUACCAAAGGAACCGCUCAGCUUCAGUGUCUUCCACUAUAAAAAUCCCAAGAUGCAGCACACCGUGCAGGCAAAAUCGCAACAAGAUAAACGACUUUGGAUCCUUCACUUGAAGAGAUUGAUUCUGGAAAAUCACCCAGCUAAAAUACCUGCUAAGGCCAAGCAGGCAAUUUUAGAGAUGGAUGCCAUACAUCAUCCAGGAUUCCAUUACAGUCCAGAGGGAGAAAUUAAAGCAACCUAUCCUUUUAAGGAAGGCAUCACUCCACGGAGAGUGAGAAGGAAGUCAGAACCUUCAUCCAGAGUCCAUAAAGUUAUGAAGUCAAGUGAAAUAAAUUCAGAUAUGCAGAAGGUAAGACAUCGGAUCAGUAUUGAAGGAGCCCUGCUUUCUCAGGCUGCCAAACCGGGAUCAAAUGAAACUCUGCUCAGUUCUAGAAAAAAAGUGUCAUUAGACCACAGUGGGCUAGCAAAUCAGUUUCAAGAGCCCAUUGAACAAGCUUACAGCAGUGAUCAAGAUGAGAGUCUCCAAAUAUGUGCUACAGAUCAGAUAGAUGCUGAUGACGAGGAAGAGUCUGAACAGGGCAUGCAACAAAAUUCACAGCAAAAAUCAAAGGGAGGUAGAAAAAGACUCAAUAGCCAAGCUGCUGAAAAUGUUGAAAAACGAAGAAGUGUCAAUCUCAACAAAUGUGCAGUCCAGAACUCCAAGGACCCUUCAGAUGAAGAAUCAACCCAGUUGAAUACAGAUCUUCCAUUUUCUUGUUCUGCCAGGCAGUCAUCUAGGCAGUUCAGCACACCACAGAACAGUUCGCUAAUCAUGAAUAUCCUGGGGGGAGGUACAACGGCCAGAAACAUCUGGACAGAUCAUCAAAUUCGACAAGCUUUAUUCCCCAGCAGACGAGCGCAUCAUGAAAAUGAUGAAGAUGAAGAUGAUUAUCAGAUGUUUGUACCAUCAGUAUCUACAUCCAACUCAAGUUCAACUGUCUGUGAAGAGAGGGGCGCUUCUGGUCGCCCAUGCAGCUGGCAUUUGGGACUAGUUCAUCAGAAUGAUGCUGCCAGUUCCAAUCAUCACAAAAUUGUUAGACGAGCCAGUAGUGCUGGUGAAAGUAAUACUGGCCCAAAUGGUGCAAGGUACAGAGCCAGUGAACUUAGCCAGCACAGUUCUCGAAGGGAGGUAAAAAGUGGUUCUAGAACUGGCAUGAAUGCUUUUCCAGAAUAUUCAGAAGAGCUGACCAUUGAUGAUAUAGAACAUGUCUAUGAUAACAUAAGCUAUGAAGAUUUAAAACUGAUGGGUCUCACAAGGAGGGAAGAGUCUGAUCGUGGUCCCCAAAGAUCUGCUAGAGACUCUCUGUAUGAGAGUCAAAACAAAAUUAGUUUGGAAUUGACUUCCAAAAAGAGGCAGGCAGAUCAAAAUAGGACCUCUAUUUUUGAAACUAGAGAUGAGAGCCUACACAGUAGAGAGGCACCUACUUCAAGUUCAGAUGAGCUCAGGAUUGUUGAGGAUAACAUCUAUGACACCAUAGUGCUUCCAGAUCCACCACUGUUGACUUUUAAAUGUGACCGCCUUAAAUGCUCUAAAAGGAGGAGCUUUUUGGGCCUGGAAACAGAUUUUGCUUGUUGUGAUAGUCUACGGCAGUUUGUUUCUGAAGAGAGUCUUCAAUUCAGUGAAGAUGAAAGUCCUUACCAUCGUGUUCCAUUAGAUAAUGAUUAUUUGAGCUUAGUAGAUAGUUCCUCCAACUCUGAUUCACACUCUCACAAGUCUGUAGCAGAUAAACUUUCAGAGGAAGUAGAUGAAAUUUGGAAUGAUCUGGAGAAUUAUAUCAAGAAAAAUGAAGAAAAGACAAGAGACCGCCUCCUUGCAGCCUUUCCUGUUUGCAAAGAUGACAUACAGGAAAGGCUGCAUGUGGGAAGUACACCUGAAUUGAGUAAGGAUGUGGAAUAUUCUCUUUCUACCCUCUCCCUGCCUGAAACCCCUGUUUUCCCUAAGACUUUGAAACACAAAGCAAAUGUCAAAUGUGAAGAAACACCGCCAUGUAAAGAGAGUUCAUUUAUGAGCCUAAGCAGAUCUUCCUUCUGCAGUGAGCUGCCUUUCAUGGAUAGCCCUUAUGAAUCUGCAAAUAGUAUUCUAUCCAAUGCACAUACAGAAAGCACUGACAAUGAAUUAGAUGUUGUGGACAAAACAAAAAACAGGGUCUUUUUGAUGGCAAGGCAAUACAGCCAAAAAAUUAAGAAGGCUAACCAGCUUUUGAAGGUAAAAAGUCCAGAGCAGGAACAGCCAGCCAGCCGUCAACCUAAACUGAAGCACAAAGACCUUGCAGCCAUUUUGGAGGAGAAUAAACAAGGUGGUCCUGCCAUUGGUGCCAGAAUUGCUGAAUAUUCCCAGCUUUAUGACCAGAUUGUUUUUAGAGAGACUUCACCCAGAAUCCAAAAGGAUACCUGGGCCAGUUCUCAGGAGUCAUCAACCUUAAGGUAUUCCUCACCAGAAUCAACAUCUCCUUCUCAUUCUCAGUUAGCUAGUGAAUGUUUAAGGGAAGAAGACUGGUUUUUACAUUCUACAUACAGUAAUGGAGAACUAGCUGAUUUCUCUCCUUGGCCGGAAGUCCAGGAACCAAAGUCAAAGAGUUCCCCUGCAGAGACUGGCACAAAAAACAAUCUAAGACAGUUGCCAUCAGCUUGUUCAGUGCCUUCCCUUCAGAUUUCUACACGUCUGCAUGUUCCAGCACAAAGGUGGAGUGCUAUUAUAAGUCAGCCUAACAAAGAGAAUUUACAUCAAGAUAACAUGUAUAACUCUCUUGGAAGAAGAGCACACAUUACAAAAUCACAAGCGUACAGCAGGUCACAGUCCUCUUCCUCAGUUGUGGUCAACAGGUCUGGGGAGGCAAUUAUCUACCCCAAUGAAAUGGACAAGAAAAAGUUACAUUCAAAUAGACAUUUUAGAUCUGAUACCUACCAAGAGUCUCUGUCAACUGCUGCUUCAGGAUUCUUGGUAUCCAGUGUAAGAAAGCAGCACCCUGAAAGCUGUUCAGACAUGAUUCUGCAAGACUCUCAGAAAGUCCUGAGAGUAAACAGGAACUCGCCACUAAAUGCACAAAUAGCGACGCAGAACUAUUUUUGUAAUUUCAAAGAUACUGAAGAAGAAGGGGAUGACGAUGACUAUGUUGAGAUAAAAUCUGAUGAUGAGGGGUCUGACUUAGAGACUACGCAGAACCAAACAAAGAAAUCAGACCCAAAGUUGAAUAAUGUAGAUGGUGAUUCUUCUGACACUCCCUCAAGCAAAAACAUGUCUUGUACUUCUGCAAAAUCAGCGAACAGCAAACACGCACUUACCCCUUAUCUGACUGCAUACAGUGAUUCAGAUAAAUUAAAUGACUACUUGUGGAGAGUACCAUCUCCUAAUCAGCAGAAUAUAGUCCAGUCUUUAAGGGAAAAGUUUCAGUGUCUUAGUUCAAGUAGCUUCGCUUGACACUUUCACUGAUGUCUAAUUGUACUACUGCCUUAACACAUCAGAGUAUACAUCAGAACAGCCAGUACUGUCAUCAUAUAUUUUAAUAUUUUUAAGACAUCAAGCACUAUAUCUCAGUAAUAUUGUAAAUAGAUGUGUAAAAUAUCUUUUUUACAAUACAGAAUAUUGAGAAAGCCAGUGGUCCUGUGAGCACUCUCUGAUACUAAGAUCGAUUUGUGUCUUUAUAAUGUAGACUGUUUUUUCCUAAUCUCGCUGUCUUAACUUGAAUAUACUUUACCACCCCCCUUUUCUCUCCUCCAUAGCUCACUUUAUUUUUAGUCACGAUAAUGUAAUUGAUAAAGCCACUAUGCCACGUGGAAACCUUUGUAUUCAGGCUUUUAAGAACAGGCGCCUAGUGCUGUGUCCAAAAAAUACAUUUUCUGUUACUGUAAUUGCAUGUGAUUGUUCAGCUGAACAUCUAAUCAUCUGAAUGUGCAAAUACCAGGUUCUGAACACAGUUGGACAAGCUAACUGUGCAAUUGCCUGCACAUUUUUGCACAUCAGACUGUAAGUCUGUGGGACCAAUGCACAUAAUACCAAAUAUACAGUACUAUUUAGAACAGGACUUUUAUGUUUUAAAAUAAAUCUAGUCCCAGUGUUUUGUGAAUAGUGCCUGAUUGAUAAAUGUGUAUCUGAAGCCAUUGUAUUUAAUAUUCCUACAUAAUAGCUAAAGAACAGGAACUGGUAGCUUUCCUUAUACCAUGCUGUGAAUAUGCCUCCAACCUGUUCCGGAUGCUUUUAGCUUUCGAGAGCUCAAGGGUAAUUAAUUGUCUUAGGCUCAUUCAACCCUUGGUCUUGUAGAAAUAGCUACUCUGGCUGCUGAUUUACCAUCAAUUUUAAAUGUAGCAUUCGCAAGCUGGGCACCUUUCUUUUAAGAGUGAAGCCAUUAAUAACCGAUAAAUUGAAAUGACUGAUGAAAACUCUUGCAAGAAUAAUGGUGUCCUAUGGAUACGUUUUUAAGUAUCUGGCAGCUUUCCUUAUACCGUGCUGUGAAUAUGCCUCCAACCUGUUCUGGAUGCUUUUAGCUUUCGAGAUCUUGUCAAUCAAAGCCAAAUGCUUGUGAAUGUGUUUGGGCUGUCUGCAAUUUGACAUAACUUUAAUUUUGAACAUUCUAUAGUACUCAAAAUGUAGGAGUCCAUUAGCCAAAACAAUGUAAUACUAAAAAAUGAAAUUGGUUGUAUUGCCGAUGCAUUAUUGCCAAAACAGAGCUGGAGCUGAGAUUUGAAAAUAAAUCCUCUGAAAAAGCAUGCUUUUCUUUAGAUGGUUCAGUUUUCAAUGUCAGAAGUGCUAAAGGAAGCAAAAUAUCAUAGAAAAUGCGUUAUGUCAAACAUGCUUUGCCCAUAUCAACUUGAAAUGAGAACUACUCUCCUUAAAAUUCACUGCAUACACAUUGGCUUUUAAAGGCAUGGUUCAACUUUCUUUGGAAUGACAAUUCUCUUUCAUAACAGCUUAAGCUUUUGAUUAGCGGCCAUUUGUAAGGGUACAAACCAGAACAAUAAAACUUUUAAGACCAAAGAUUCUAUUCUCAUACAAGUGCUCUGAAUAAUAAAUAAAAGAUGGAAGAAAAAUUGAGUGCAUGAUGCUCAGCAAUUUUUCUUCUUAAAGAGAGACAAGUUUUCAAUCUUGUCAGUGAUGUAUCAGUGUCUUCUUCAAGGAAGAGUAUAGGGAAUUGACCUCUCAGUAGCAGAGUUUAUACUUUAAAAUAGUCUCUGAUACCUAGUCCUGUUUUUGGAGCCAGCUUUUCUAUUAGCUUCGAAAAAGGAAAUGCUUUAUAAACUGUUGGGGAGGGAGGAGGGAUAAAAAAAAUUCGUUUUUAUCAUGCUGACUGACUAAGAUAUCUGAAAUGAAAUAAGAGAUGAGGAUGGCACCUUAACAUCUUGUAAGUAUCUUUCUCAACAUAGGAUCUGUUUCUGAAAGAUUCCUCUCCCAUUCCCCCCAUGCAAAUCUCAGUACUCAGUCUUAGUUCAUCUUCCCUGCCAGUUAGUGUUUGGUACAAUUUCAAGGACUAAUCCUUACUUUCUUCAUGCAUGUUAGCUUUUGCUCUUUUGUUCUCUCUCUUGCUUCUCUCUGCUUUUUAACUUAUUCAUUUUUCUUUCUUUCCAAUUAAUUUUUAAAAAGGCAGUGCAUUAUUUUAGUGGCUAGAAAUACUAAUGAACCAUUCCUUUUCAGCUGGUGCACCUGAAAACAGUGACCAUGGCACUUCUGAAAGCGCUGAUCUGUGCUAUUUGGGGAAGAAGAGAGCCUGGUCUUGACCGCUAAGAAUCAAACUGAAUUUUGCCUGGAAAAAUUGCCACUAGCACAUGAACAUCUAAAAAAAAUUUAAACGUCAGUCCACAUGUUUGCGAUCCUGCCAUUGGCAAAGCAAGAACUGAUUACACUUCUGAGUCAGGUUCGCUUAAAGAUCUGUGUGGGGAGAGGUUGAAUGUAACCAUUAGCUUAGAGUCUCUAGCAGUGGGAAUGAUGUGCUAAAUGUGUGGUAGUAUGCAAAGGAUCGGCUGUGGCCUACAGGAAAUUUGUGUAACCAUAAAACAGGGACACCAGCUGUUGAAAGCGGCUUGGCCAGGUUGACUGGUUAUGUGCUAAUUUAACUCAGCUAUGUUGCAGUUUUGGUCAGUACGGAGUUUCUUGUGGGUGAAUUUCAAGAUCUCCUUUUUAAGAGAAUGAAUUUCUUCUAAAAGGAAAUGACCCUUGCUUGCAUAGGGAGGCAAAAUUUGGGGAGGGACUGAAUCUGGUCCAGUAGGUAUAAUAGGUCUAAUAAAGUAGUAGCUUCCACACACACACCCCUGCCCCCUGAAUACAUUCCAUUUUUUCCAAACGACACAUACAAUGAAUUAAUACUCCCAUUUACUGCAAGUAUGGUUGUUUCAAUAUGAUAUGCAUUUAGCUCUCCCAUUUUCUCUGUUGCAUGACUUGGGCUUUUAUUACUUGAAACCACUGUAUACAAAUAGAGCCUAAAUGUGUUUGCUGUAUAGCCACUGAGAUAUCUUGUACAACUGUUGUUGUGGUGCUUACAUUUUCCAGAUUAAGCAGGAAAACAGUAAUAGACAUCAAAUGUAUUAUACUAAACAAAGUUAUUAGUUAAAGUACUGUUUCCAUACUACUUUCCUCAAGCACAGUAGCCCACCUGGUAAUUUUAGAACUGUUAACUAAUACUGUGCAUGUUGUUCUGAGCAAAAUCUGAUGUUGAGACGUAUUCAAUGACUUCUGUUUUUCUGAGAAGCAUAUUUAAGGAAUUUCUGCUUGUUGCAUUGUGUUGAACUACCUACUACACAAUUCCUUGUAUUGCUUAGGAAUAGCUUUGGGGUUUUAUUUGAUCAUUAUCCUAUAAGCUCAUGUGCUAACUAUGGAUAGAUGUGCUAAAUAGAACUGCAUCUAGUAAAACAAUUGCGAAAUAACAUUGUACAUAUUUAAGAUACCAAAAAUGUAGCGGUUCUCAUAUUUAUUUAAUAUAGGUUGUAAAGUAAUGUAAAUAUGAAUAGAAAUUUAAAAUGUGUGCUUUUUAACUAUAGCACACCUAGAUUUGUCUGAACUAUUCAAGGAAUUGUGUCUUAACUUUUAGAAGUCAAUGACAUCUCAUGCAGUAAGUGGAGUAAAAUGGAGGAGAGUUAUAAAAUGCAUAACUCUUACCAGGAACCAUUUCAUACCAUUUUAAAUAAAUUUGGUGUGCUUUAAAUUAUUUUGGUGUGUGAUUCUGGCAGAUAGGCAGCUGGAGCUAAUACAAAGCUAAGCACUGGAUACUCUGUAUUGGUAAAAAAGGAUUAACAGCUUUCAUUUUUUUUUCAAUAGAUGUAAAAAGUUAUAAAAAUACUAGGUUAUACUAACAAGUAGUUUGAGUUAUGUCAUUGGUGAUCCCUGUUACGUUCUACAAAUGAAAUAAAAAUAAAAGGGCCAGUAAAGCCAUAAUGAAAGUCAAUGCUAACUGAGAAGUGUUGCUUAUUAGGCUUAAAUGGGGUAUACAAUUGUUCUUGUUGGCAAUUCCCAUCCAAAAACAUGUGAAGUAAUGCUGACCAGUAACCUUUAUUUAGUUAUAAAUGAUCAUUUAAAUAAAUUAGAAGAGUUGGGAACAGUGUACAUUUCUUUAGGGAAAAGAUUUCCACAUAUUUUCUGAGACUUUCUGAUGUCAUCACUCCACCAGACUCGGUUAGCUUGGUGCUAGCUUGCUUUGAUGCAGGGGAGAGAAAGUACAAAAAAUAAGUAAUUUCAACGGCAAAGGUUAAAAGUUAAUUUUCUAAAUGGAACAAAGAUGAUGGUAAGAUUUUAAUUUUCAAAAAGGCAGCAUAUGAAUUAUCUGAAGCCUCAGGGUACUGAAAAAUGUGAACGGAAUAAAUAUAUAGCAGCCACAGUUUUGUACUGAACUCUGAGUCCAGGUGGUAAAAAUUGUUGUUUUAAAAGCAGUUGUGUUUUUCCAUUUCUUGCCAUUUCAUAGGCAGCUUGUCCCUGUGGUAAUGAACCCAACUUUUUAAAAGCAAUAUUUUGUUUGAAAGAGCUAUUUUUAAAUCAUGUAAUACUGGAAAAUUCUCAUAUUUUACUGUAUAGUUUAAGAUUCUGUGUCAUCUGGUAGUAAUUGCACUAUGCUACCAGAAGGGGUUGAAAAAUGAAGUUAAUUGUUCUGAGUUUCUUUUAAUUGUAUAUUUCUUUGUUUCUGCAUACAUGUAUAACAUCUUGUCCUAUGGAUAAGACAUGCAUUUUUUUUAAUAUUGCACUUUUUUCAUGACUUGUUUUGUAAAGAAUAUGUAAAAAAUAUAUGUACAUGUAGGAAGCUUCUUAAGUCAAAGCUUUUUUUGCCCUUUUGUUUUGCUUAAAAACUGAGUUUAAAGCAUGCCAAAACUAAGGAAAACAUGUAAGUACAUGCUGUUUAGACAAAAAAGUAAUAAAUGCUAAAUUUGUGUUCAAAGAUCAGACUAAUAGUAAACUGGCAGUAUUGUAAUGCAAUGCUUAUAGGACAAUACUAUCUCAGAACAUAGCUGCAUCCUUUUGAACAGGUACAGCAACUUGCUGCUUUGUUUCUGUAUUAUUUCCAUUCAUAAACAUUGCCAGGAUGAACCAAACUGGAUCUUUGUUUGUGAUCCUU